CUAAGAAAUCUAUUACAAACCUGAAUUUCUAUAAAUCCUCUCCAACUGCUCUGUUACUUUUGAUUCAGUUUGCAUUCUUAAUUUUGUGCGUAGGAUCACUUUUUCCUCAAACAACGUCAAGAAUCUCCAGAAGGCCUGUGCCGACCUAGUUUGCGGUGCAUGAACAAGCGCUUGUUCUUCAUAUCACCACCAGUAAAUCCCCAUUUGGUGAAGGGAUGCGACAUGGAGAGUCCCCGUUCUGUGAACAGUCCUAGAAGAACCCUCAGUUUGUCAGGACAACGAAGGGCAACUGUGUCCUUUUUUGACCCCGAUGACAAAACCUCUGGCUUUGGAUUGUCUGGCGAUCAUGGACCUAAGCCUUCUGAAGUUUAUGGUUUUGUAGGUUCUAUUACCACUGUUGUUGCUACAGUUAUGUUCUUGGUAUGGGCAUAUAUUCCAGAAUCCUGGCUACAAUCUGUUGGCAUCUCUUACUAUCCUAGCAGGUAUUGGGCUCUAGCAGUUCCAACUUAUGUGAUGGUAACCAUUGUAUUGAUGUUGGGAUUCUACAUUGGCCUUAACUUCAUUUCAACACCUUCACCAGCGUCUUUAAACACUGUUUUUGAUGAAUUCAGUAGGGAUCCUUCGAGUCUUGAGCGUUCUCUAACAGAUGAGAAGCCCAUCGAACCCAUUUCUGAUAUUGGUAUUGACAGAAUUAAUGAUAUUAUGUUCAAUAAUGCAACUUGACUAUCAUACACGUCUCCAUUGUUCUGGUGGGAAUUACUGCCAAACAAGUGCAGCUAAUUGGGUUCUUCCAUAAGAGGUUAUCGCUAUUAGAUGUAAAAUUGUUCGAGUUAAUCUUGGGAAAGAAUGAUUUGAUUCCAUCUU